UUCAUUGUCCCAAAAUAGAUGUCAGUGCGAUCGUCAAAACACGGCAUUCUCAGCCGCAUUUUCACGUGAAUUUUCUGUCGUGAUUUGUGUGAAAUACAGCAGCUUUUACUGCAAUUUUCACUUCUCUUUCUUGUGUUUAUAGAGGAAAUACUAAUUUGCAAUGGCUGCAGUAGCAUCUCCAGCAGAUCUCGAACUGAGAAAGGCAUUCGCGGAGAUGCAGAUGAACAAAAUAGAGUCUACAAAAAAACUGAGAGUGCUGGACAUGCAGAUAGAGUCGCUGAAGAAGUCAAAACAGAGACUUAUCAUCACUGAGCACGAAGUGACAAAUCUACCUCCGGAAACAAAAGUCUACUCAUCAAUAGGGAGAAUGUUUGCCCUGUCUUCAGUGCCGGAAAUGAGUGCUGAGCUGAAGGGGAAGCAGACAAAAGUGGACUCCAUGAUCAGCCAGUGUGACAACAACAAAGGUUAUCUGAUGAAAAAUCUCAAGGAGCAGGAGGACAGCCUCAGAGAGCUGGUGCAGCAGAAAAAACGCGAUGCUGACAGUGCUGCCAAGUAGCUUUAUUUUCUCUGAAUGAAGUGAUCGAGAUUAAAAUUGGCGAACGACGCGAA